AUGCAAGCCGUCGACAUUGUCAGACAGGCUCCCCUUAUACCCCGUGUCGCGGAUUAUCACACUGCAAAGAUCAGAUCGUCAGCGGCCGUGGUGCCUAUACAGGCCGGACAUGAAGCAUCGAAUCGAAGGGAAAACGAAUGGUUUAUGCACACUGUUGUGGUCUGGAUCAUGAGCCUAGACUCGUGGAUAUAG